GUAUAUACAAUAUAUCGCCAACUAUCCUGAGUUCCAAUCGUCAUCUGUGUGAUAACGUAAUUACUGGCCAUUUUUAUAGCGAAACAUCAAAUUGACAAUUAAAGAGGUGUUACUCAUCUUUCGUAACGUUAUACAGAAGAAGAUAGAUAAUGGAACGAAAUUUGGAGAAAACACUGGAUGAUGUGAUUAGUGAGGAAGGUGUCAUUGGUUGCAUCUUAGCUGAUCAUGCUGGUCUCUGUUUAGGAGUUAAAGGUAACGCAUCAAGUGAUAGCGCAGGAGUAAUAGCAGCUAUAGCAGAUCAAGUUGCGAAACUGGAGCCAAAGUCACCAACACCAAUCAUAUCGCUUCAAAAUGACAGCAGGCAAUGUCUUAUACACAGGAAGGGACUUGUAGUUGGUGCUAUAUACAAAGAUAUCUCAACUUGAGAUAAUUAUUACUGUUUACACCACUGGAAACAUUUAUGUUCGCAAAAGAAUUUACGAGAAUACUUUAUUGUUUAUACAUGUUACUGGAUAAAUUUUGAUACAUACAAGGGCUAUUCCUGUUUCAUUGGGAUUUGUCUUUUGAAUCACAACUAUAAGAUUGUAAAAAAUAAGUGUAAUUAUAUUAUAAUUCAAGAUUUAUAACAGCCUGUCUGCACUGCAGCUAUAAUCUGUAGUGAACUUGUAUAUUAUCAUAAAUAGAGUAAUUCACAGCAUAAAA